AUGAAGUCUAAUCCCGUGUUUUGGAACACUCGAGAGGGAGUGACUCGUGUUUCUGGGAGAGAUGGCAUUUGUGUCAGCGGGUAUGGUUUUAGUUUUCGGCAAUUUUCCAAGCAUUCUUUUAAUGUAUUUUUAACUAGUUGUCUUCCUUUGGGUAUGUAGUAUGUUAAUUUCAGAUGAGCCAGUGUUGACUGAAUUCCCGAGUGUUGCCUUGCUUUAUGUGCAUAUAGUAUUAUGAGCCUCGUUAGCGGAUCCUUCCUAGGUAAGUAUAUCGGGUUUGC